AUGCCCUUAUCCCCCGAACCCUUCCCCGUCACAAUCCCAUCACAGCGCUCGGCCAAAGACCCAGAUCUCAUCUCCAGCCUCCGCCAAUCCAUCUCCGCACUCGCGAACCAACCCCACACCCCCAUCGCGCAACACGACGUCGAAAUCGCCAUCGUCGCCGCCUUCAUCUACAACCUCCUCCGCAGAGGCGGCGAUGAGAACGACUUGGCGCUUUUGAUCACGGAGCUGAACCAGGUGGGGGAAGAGAUUGAGGGGAAGUUGAGGGCGAUUAGGGGUGGGUUGGGGUGA